CCCAAAAACUCUACCUUCCUCAAUAGAGAAAAAUCAAAAUUCAAAUUGAGCCCUAAAACUAAAACCCUCUUUGAUGGCGGUUGGGGAAUGCCAGGAUUGCGGGUCGGGUCCCAUCCUCGUCCACAACGUCCCUCACCACGGCGUUUUUGCGGACCUCUGCACCGCCUGCUUGCUCCGCCACAAGCGCGGCACCUUCUGCCCCGUCUGCUUCGACAUCCACGACGACACCGCCGCCCGCAUCAUGUGCCUCCGAUGCCCCGCCCUCGUCCACCUCACCUGCCUCCCUUCCUCCCACUCUAACCGCUACCUCUGCCCCCACUGCUCCGAUCCCUCUUUUUCCUUCAUCCAUUCAACCAAAGUAUCUCUCUGCGCCGCCAAAAUUGCCGCCGCUGCGAUGCACAGGGCGGCAGCCCUUGCUAGAGCCGAUGCGGAGCAGAAAGUGAUGGGAGCUCUGCUGGCCAGACGAAACGCCAAGGAAGCAAUUGAGAGAGUAGCCUCCUUAAUGUCCAAUCAGAACCAUUCCGAUGUGGAUGACGGGUGAUCUCAAUCCAAUUAGUAAUCAAUUUCAGAGAUUAGUAUAAUUUACAUUAUAGAUCUGUUAAUUCUAUUUCUCGCUAUGUUAUUGCAUUCAUUAUGUUUUCUUCA